CAUUUCCCCACUCUCCGGACAUGUAUCAUCCCAGGGGUACAGCUGUGCUUGUUGAGAAGUGGCUGGAGCCCAUCCCACCGCCGCCGCCUCCGCACCAGCAGCACCAGGACCAGAACCUUGCUUCCAGCUCGGUCCCUCGGAGCUUUCUGGGCGUUUCGACUGCUGAUGCUCUCUCCACUACAUCUGGAGCAGUUGACACUGCCCAUAUGGACCUCACCCUCCGCCUGUGAAGUUCUUUAGAUUGAAUGGUGAUGAAGAUAUAUAUCUAUAUAUAUACACAUAUGCUGGCUUUAUUGAUAAAAUGGGUUUUUAAGUUUGAUGAUGAGAGUUUGUUGGCAUUAAUUCCCUAAUUCUAAUCCUCCCCAGCAUGAGAGUGGUCUGUGUCAGCAGGAAACAAUAUUGUUGUUGAUACGUGGACUGGGGAGAAGUGUUUCAUGUUUCAUUAAUGUGUAUGUAAUGUUUUAUGGGUAAGAGUAUACUCCAUUAAUAAAGAAUAUUUUACUGU